CUUAUCACGAUUGGUGUGAGGACAAUCGAUGUGAAAAAUUUUCUCUCCUACCGAUCACGGUGAAGGGCAAGAAACCCGGAGACAACACAUCUUACUUGCUACGCUCCAAAUCUUGAACAUUUCAUUUCAUAAGCCCGUCAACCGAACGCCAGUGAAAUGACAAACUUAGUUACCAGAAGUUCCUUAGUUCUAGAAACGCUGGGCAAGACGAGUCCCAAGUUGCUUACAGCCUCGUUACCCGCAUGCCCCAUGUGGAAUAAGAGCCAGCAGCGACGUAACCUCAACGUCCAUGAACAUGUUAGUUAUUCGCUGUUGAAAGGCGCUGGCAUACCGGUGCCUAAGUUUGGUGUGGCCAAGACCGGCAAAGAAGCAGCUGAAGCAGUUCAACGUCUUGGGCUCACGGAUAUUGCCAUCAAGGCUCAGGUUUUGGCCGGUGGCCGUGGAUUAGGUCAUUUUAAGAAAGGGUUCAAAGGUGGUGUGAAAAUGGUUGAUACGGCUGAAGAAGCUGAGAGUGUAGCAAAUAAUAUGUUAGGAGAUUUUUUGAUUACUAAACAAACUGGAGAGAAAGGACGUAUUUGCAAUGCUGUUAUGGUUGCUGAAAGAGUGUAUGCCAGAAAAGAAUACUAUUUUGCUGUCAUGAUGGAAAGAGCUUUUGGAGGUCCAGUUUUGAUAGCAUCUUCUCAAGGCGGUGUCAACAUAGAAAAAGUUGCAGCUGAAAACCCCGAAGCAAUUUUUUACAUGCCAAUUGACAUUACCAAAGGUGUAUCUAGAGAUUUGGCUUUAGAAGUGGUCACUAAAGUUGGAUUGACAAAACAAAAAGAUGAAACUGCAGAUGUAAUUGUGAAGUUAUAUGACUUGUUUCUACAAAAAGAUGCUCUCUUAAUUGAAGUUAACCCAUAUGCAGAGAGUAUUUCUACUGGAGGAUAUUACUGCUUGGAUGCUAAAUUUCGUUUUGAUGACAACGCUGAAUUCAGACAAAAAGAAUUAUUUGAUUUGCGUGAUUGGACUCAAGAAGAUGAAAAAGAAGUAGAAGCUUCGAAGUUUAAUCUUAAUUAUAUUGCACUUGAUGGUACUAUUGGUUGUUUGGUAAACGGUGCUGGUUUAGCAAUGGCAACUAUGGAUAUAAUCAACUUGCAUGGUGGUAAUCCAGCUAACUUUUUGGAUGUUGGAGGUGGCGCUACUGCUUCUCAAGUGAAAGAAGCCUUUAAAAUCAUUACAUCUGAUCCUAAGGUUUGUGCUAUUCUGGUAAAUAUUUUUGGAGGAAUCAUGAGGUGUGACAUCAUUGCUGAAGGAAUAAUUGCUGCUGCUCAAGAGUUAAAUCUUAGUGUACCAAUUAUUUGUCGUUUACAGGGUACAAAUGUGGAUGAAGCUAAAUUACGUAUUGCUAAUUCUGGUAUGAAAAUAUUGCCAGUAGACAAUUUGGAUGAAGCUGCACGACUCGCAGUCAAAUUAUCAGAAAUUGUAAAUCUAGCUCGUGAAUCACAUUUAGGUGUUAAUUUUGAAAUGCCUAUCUAAAAAUUAAAUAAAAAUCAAUCAGUAAUUUAUUGUAUAAUUAGAUAAUAUCCUGCUACAGUUCAUUUGCACAUUUUUCUUAUAAAUACACAAUACUAAAAAAUAAAUUUUUAUAUCCUGA